AUGACUCACAACCAGGAACUAUCAGACCAGAUCGAGGCUCUCACUCCAUCUCCUUCGGAUGCACGAGCACGCCUUAUAUCUGAAGAGAAGUUCCAUCUCAAUGUAGCAUCCUUCUCGGAUGAAUUCGUCCAGAUGUUGCGGGAUGAUCUUGAUGAGGCAACCGGACUAGCGCUGUUCCUGCCGCCAAUCAAUCGCCUCGAGUUUGACGACGAAUUUUGGCGCUGUCUUUUCCAGAAAUCUAGCCGGAGAGAGCUCGAAUUGCAAAAUUUGGGAAAUUCGGAUGACAGAUGGAGGCUCGACGAAGUUCUCCAAAACAUGACCUGGGAUAAAUACAUUGUAGAGAGUGUGCUGGAUACGCCGGAGGAUCAGAAACCCGACAUGAAGGUUUUCCGUGAUGUUCUUCUCGAGGUUUUUGGGGCGAGAGCAGCCGGAAAGCAAGGAAAAGAGACAAUAUUUCACUUGGGCGGACUUGCAAAAGGCGAAAGAAACAGGGGAGUUUAA